AAGAAUAUAUGGCAAUGGAGAAGCAAAUGAUUUCUGGAGAGGUGCCGGUCAGCCCGUUUUCACGGCUGUUCAGCAUGCCAGGACUCGAUUGCUUCAACAUCGUAACCAUCGGACUCAAACACGAAGCCAAUCCAUCAGCCUUUGUUGAAGGCUUGAAAAACACUUUGGUCAACCAUCCACGCUUCUCUAGCAUACUAGAGACAGGAAUUGGUGGAAAAAAAGCGAAAUGGAUUCCCACAAAAGUAAAAGUUGAAGAUCAUGUAGUUGUUCCUGAUAUAGAUCCCACUAUUGAAAAUCCUGAUCAGUUUCUAGAGGAUUAUACAUCAAAUAUGGUUUUUUCACCAAUUGAUAUGUCGAAACCGUUGUGGGAGAUGCAUAUACUCAAUAUGAAAACAUCAGAUGCAGAAUCUUUCCUUGUGGCGAGAUUUCAUCACUCCUUGGGUGAUGGGAUGUCACUUAUGUCUCUUUUAGUCGCUUGUAGUCGAAAAACAAGUGACCCAGAGUCAUUGCCUACUUUGGUUGCUCCAAAGAAAAGCAAAGUAACCAAUGUUUUGUGGUCGUUGGUUGCUCGUGUGUGGUUCAUAAUUAGACUAAUGUGCAACACUUUUGUUGAAGUUUUCAAUUUUCUGCUCAUUUUAUGUUCCGUCCGCGACGCUGCAACUCCACUUAUGGAGAAACCAAUUUCUACACUUAGCCUUAACAAAUUUAUUCAUAGAGUAAUUAGUUUGGACGAUGUGAAAAUCGUGAAGAACGCAAUGAAUAUGACUGUGAAUGAUGUUAUUGUUGGAAUGGUGCAAGCUGGUCUUUCACGAUAUUUGAGUCAAAAAUAUGAUUCUGAAACAAAUUCGAAGCUAAAGAGAUCUCUUGAAAAUGUUUCUCUUCGAGCUGUUGUAUUCUUUAACCUAAGAUCAAAUAAGAAAAUCGAGGAUCUUGCUGAAAUGAUGGCGAAACGUUCAACGUCAAGAUGGGGAAACUCAAUUGGUUAUGUUAUGAUUCCGCUAUGGAUGAGAUCUGAGAACGAUAUAUUUGAAUACAUCCGACGAGCCAAAACAAUAAUGGAUCGGAAAAAAAUCUCACUCGAGCCUUUAUUUUCCUAUGUGUUGCUCAAAUUGACUGUCGAAAUUUUCGGAUCCAAGGGUGGGAAACAGGCACUAAGAAAUCUUGCAAUGAGAAUUUUCGGACGAUCAACAAUCAUAUUGUCAAAUGUUGCCGGUCCAUCCGAAGAAAUAAGCCUUUUCGAACACCAAAUAUCUUACUUUGCUGCAAGUAUAUCCGGUUUUCCACAGGCACUCAUUGUCCACAUAACAAGCUAUGUGAACAAAGUUAUCAUCAAUCUUGGAGUUGAUCUCGACGUAAUUCCAGACCCUCAUCACCUAUGUGAUCACAUGGUCGAAGCUCUCCAGAUGAUGAAAUCAGCUGCAGAAGAAAAAUGUUCUGCCGAUUUAAACGUUUAAAACGAAAUGUUUGACGUAGAGAUCAAAACGUACUCAUCGAAAUGUUAUCGAUGUAUUACUGUUUUCAAUAAAUGUUUUUUUUUUUGGCUCGACUACAACUUUCAUUAACCAAGUGAGAAUUACAUGA